CAGGAAAGGGGCUGAGCUGGCGGCCGCGGGUUUCCUGUAGGUUCCAGCUCCGCAGGCGCCAGGAGCCGGAGCAGCCUGUGCGGGAGCACCCAGGCCUGUGCCAGGUUGAUGAAGAGGGAGUGCUGUGACCCCGAGCCCGUGACAGUCAUUUCAGGGCCCCCGGGCGGGCUGUGAGCGCGGCCCCCGGUGCCGGAGCCGGCGCCGGCCGCCCCGCCGCGCCGCACGGAGCAUGCCUCUGAGCCCCGCCGGCAGCAAACAUGAGAGCCCGGAGUCGCCGCCGCCAGAGCAGCCGCCGCCGCCGGAACGACAGCCCCGCGCCGCCGCCGGGGAGCCGGGAGCCGGCCUGCGGGAGGAGACGCGGCUCGACCCGGCCCGGGGCCCCGGCGGGCCCCGCUCCCCCAAGCUGGCGGCCCCGGCGCGCAUGGAGGAGCCCGCGCCCGGCGCCAUCGUCGUCCGCAUCGGCAUCCCCGACCUCCAGCAGACGAAGUGUCUGCGGCUGAAUCCCGACGUGCCGGUGUGGAUCUCCAAGCAGCGCAUCCUGUGCACGCUGAACCACAGCCUGAAGGAUGUUCUGAACUACGGGCUGUUCCAGCCGGCCUUCAACGGCCGCGCCGGCAAGUUCCUGGACGAGGAGCGCCUGCUGCGGGAGUACCCCCUGAACCCCGACACGCCCGUCCCCUACCUGGAGUUCCGGUACAAGCGGCGUGUGUACACCCAGGCCCUGCUGGAUGACAAGCAGUUUGCCAAGCUCCACACGAAGGCAAAUCUGAAGAAGUUCAUGGAGUACGUGCAGAUGCUCAAUGCGGAGAAGGUCUGCAGGCUGCUGGAGAAGGGACUGGACCCCAACUUCCAUGAUCCGGAUACUGGAGAGUGUCCCCUGACGGCGGCCGCCCAGCUGGAGCUCAGCGCCGAGAUGAUCAAGGCUCUGCGCAACGGGGGAGCGCACCUGGAUUUCCGGACGCGGGAGGGGAUGACGGCUCUGCACAAGGCCGUGCGGUGCCGCAACCACGCGGCGCUGCUGACGCUGCUGGACCUGGGUGCCUCCCCGGACUACAAGGACAGCCGGGGGCUGACGCCGCUGUACCACAGUGCCAUGGUGGGGGGGGACCCCUACUGCUGCGAGCUGCUGCUGCACGACUACGCCCGGCUGGGCUGCGUGGACGAGAACGGCUGGCAGGAGAUCCACCAGGCAUGUCGCUAUGGCCAUGUGCAGCACCUGGAGCAUCUUCUGUUCUACGGAGCGGAUAUGACUGCGCAGAACGCCUCAGGAAACACGGCUCUCCACAUUUGCGCUCUCUAUAACCAGGAGAGCUGUGCUCGGGUCCUCCUCUUCCGCGGUGCGAGCAAAGAGAUCCGCAACUACAACAGCCAGACGGCGUUCCAGGUGGCCAUCAUUGCAGGAAAUUUCGAAUUGGCUGAAAUCAUCAAAACCCACAAAGAGUCUGAUGUUGUGCCUUUCAGAGAAACUCCCAGCUACACGAAGCGGAGACGGAUCCUCGGCGCUGGCGGCCUGUCCUCCCCGCGCAUGCUGCAGCGCUCGGCCAGCGACAACAACCUGAAGGCGGAGAGCCGGGCGUCCUACUCGCCGGUGCCCUCGCUGCGCAGCCUUCCCCCGCAGCUGCUGGCGCAGAUGCAGGAGGCGGCGGCGGGGGACGGCAGCCUGGCCAGCUCCGGCAGCGCCCGCAGCGCCCACAGCCGCUCCCCGUCCCUGCAGCGGGUGCAGGAGGAGAAGGAGGCCGACCUGCCCACGCUCCGGAGGAGCAGCCGCGGCAAGGCCAGCCCCGGCGGCCCGGCGGGGCCCCCCGGGCCCGGCUCCGAGCCCGCGCCGCACGCCGCGCCCGCCCCGCUGCGCGGGCCCAAGCGGAAGCUGUACAGCGCCGUGCCCGGCCGCAAGUUCAUCGUGGUGAAGAGCUACGCGCCGCAGGGCGAGGGCGAGAUCCAGCUCAACCGGGGCGAAGCCGUCAAGGUGCUCAGCAUCGGCGAAGGUGGCUUUUGGGAAGGAACCGUGAAGGGCAGGACUGGCUGGUUCCCGGCAGAAUGCGUGGAGGAGGUGCAGAUGCGGCAGUACGACCCGCGGCAAGAAACCAGAGAAGACAGAACAAAGCGGCUCUUCCGACAUUAUACCGUGGGCUCGUACGACAAUUUCACCUCUCACAGUGACUACAUCAUUGAGGAGAAGACGGCCGUGCUGCAGAAGAGGGAGCAUGAGGGAUUCGGGUUUGUGUUGCGAGGGGCCAAAGCUGAAACGCCGAUUGAGGAGUUCACCCCCACCCCGGCCUUCCCCGCGCUGCAGUACCUGGAGUCAGUGGACGUGGAAGGUGUGGCGUGGCGAGCAGGGCUGCGCACCGGAGACUUUCUGAUCGAGGUGAAUGGUGUCAACGUGGUGAAGGUGGGGCACAAGCAGGUGGUCUCCUUGAUCCGGCAAGGCGGGAACCACCUGGUGAUGAAGGUUGUCUCCGUGAGCCGCAAGCCAGAGUCAGAAGAAGUUGUUCGCAAGAAGGCUCCGCCGCCUCCCAAGAGAGCGCCCAGCACCACCCUGACGCUGCGUUCCAAGUCCAUGACGGCCGAGCUGGAGGAGCUGGCCUCCAUGCGGAGAAGAAAAGGGGAGAAACUGGACGAGAUUUUGGCGGCAGCCGAGCCCGCGCUGAGAGCAGACAUUGUGGAAGCAGAUUCUCGGGCAGCCACUGUGAAGCAGCGACCAACAAGCCGGCGCAUCACGCCAGCAGAAAUCAGUUCCCUCUUUGAACGCCAGGGAAUGGCAGCACACUCGGGGGUCCUGGCGGGAGCUGAGAAGCCCCAUGUUUCACUGCGCAAAGGAAUUCCACGGACAAAAUCUGUAGGUGAAGACGAGAAACUUGCUGCUUCGUUACUGGAUGGGAAGUUUCCCCGGAGCACAUCGAUGCAAGACACUGUCAGGGAAGGACAUGGGAUUCCACCCCCGCCUCAAACAGCCCCACCCCCGCCUCCUUCUCCAUAUUACUUUGACACAGGCCCCCCUCCAUCCUUCUCGCCACCUCCGCCCCCAGGAAGAGCUUAUGAUACCAUAAGAUCGAGCUUUAAGCCAAGCCUGGAGGCUAAACUGCACGGGCUCCCGCAGGUCAUCAGCGCGGCUGAGGUGUACGAUCAGGCGAGGACCUCCAUCCCUUACCCGGAACGGCAGAAGAGGGCGCGAUCCAUGAUCAUCCUGCAGGACUCCUCCCAUCUUCCCGUGGAACCAACGGAGAUCCCCCGGCCUGGCCCCUCCGCGACCCCUCCCGAGAAGCUGAAGAGGAAGGGGAGAGUGAUCGACAACCCUUACGCCAACAUGGGGCAGUUCAACGUCAGCCUGUUUGCCCCCACCAAGCCCCAGAGGAAGAAGAGUCCCCUGGUGAAGCAGCUGCAGGUGGAGGACGCGCAGGAGAGAGCGGCUCUGUCCAUCACCGGCGGCUUCACCAGAGAGCCCUCUCCCACGCGCAGGAGCCAUCGCCUGAGCGGGGUGGAGUACCAGCACCACGCCGGCAUCGCUCAGGUCGAAGCCACGAGCAUCCCCUUCGCCACUGCCAUCGCCGGAGUCAUGAAGGACCGAGACCGUCGCCUGGAUGAGAGGCGGAAAUCCACUGUCUUCCUCUCGGUCGGGGCCAUCGAAGGGACGCCCCCCAGCAGCGACAUGCCGUCCUUGCAGCAGUCCAGGUCCAUCGACGAGCGGUUGUUAGGAAGCCGAGAUGUACUACUGCCUUCCCCUGUCUCAGCUUUAAAGCCAUUAAUCAGCAGCUCCUCCUCGACGUUCAUCCACCCCCUGACGGGCAAGCCCCUGGAUCCGAACUCUCCACUGGCGCUUGCGCUGGCCGCAAGGGAACGGGCCCUGUCCACGCAAGUCCCAUCCCGGUCGCCCACCCCCAUCCACAGCCCGGACUCCGACAGAGCAGCACCCCUGUUCGUGGACAUCCAAACCAAAGAACCCGAGAGGGGGGAGCUGGAGAGCUUGGUGUCCCCUGCCUACUCACCCGGAGGCAAAGGGGCCAUCGGGACGGACUCUGGGACUUUGGCCCCUGCCAAGAGCCAGUGGGGGACUCCGUCCACGCUGAGAAAAGAGACCGAGGCACGAGCAGAAACACCUGGGAAGGAGGAGAAGAAACAAGAAGACAAGAAGUCCAUGAUUAUUAGCAUAGUGGACACGUCGCAGCAGAAGACCGCUGGCCUCAUCAUGGUUCAUGCCACAAGUAAUGGCCAAGACGAGAUAGGACUGGAGAUGAAGGAGGAGCAAGCGGCUGUCCCCGAAGCAUGCACAGAGCCGGCCGAGUCCCCCCCGGCAGAGCCCCAGCCCAGUCCCGUGGGAAAGCCCCCGGCCAGCCCGGCCUCCGACAAGACGCUGGGCCAGGGCAGCUCGGAGGAGGAAGUGGAGCCCUACACGGUGACCCUCCCGCCAGCCCAGUUGUCCUCGAGCGACGAGGAGACCAGGGAGGAGCUGGCCAAGAUAGGGCUGGUGCCUCCACCAGAUGAGUUUGCGAACGGGGUACUGGUCACCACCCCCGGCACACCGGUCAGCCACCUGGCUACGCCUAGCACGCCAUCCAUACCAGCGGCAGCAGUAGCACCUUCUACCACUGGCGGAACACCCUCAGGGAAGCCCUCUGAUGCCCCCGUCGCCCCGGAGUCUGCUGCAGACUCGGGAGUGGAAGAGGUGGACACCAGAAGUUCAAGUGACCAUCACCUGGAGACCACAAGCACCAUCUCGACGGUCUCCAGCAUGUCCACGUUGUCCUCAGAAAGCGGGGAGCCUACUGACACAUACACUUCCUUUGCGGAUGGACAAACUUUUAUACUCGAGAAGCCACCAGUGCCUCCAAAGCCAAAACUCAAGUCCCAGCUCAGCAAGGGGCCAGUUACUUUCAGGGACCCACUUUUGAAGCAGUCUUCGGACAGCGAGCUCAUCUCCCAGCAACAUGCGGCCACGCUGGCAUCAGCCAGCAUCGGCCGGCCACGCUACCUCUUUCAGAGAAGGUCCAAGCUAUGGGGGGACCCCAUGGAGAGCAGGCCGAUCCAUGGGGCUGACGAUGACAAGCCAACUGUGAUCAGUGAGCUAAGUUCCCGACUACAGCAGCUGAACAAGGAUACUCGAUCACUGGGGGAGGAACCGGCCGGGUCCACCCUAGACCCCGGGAAGAAGUCGCCGGUGGUCGCAGCACGAUCUGAAAGAGAGACAGAAGAAAAAUAAGCCCUUUAGGCAUUUAGCUCCUAGGCGGAAGCAGAGAGGAUUUUCCCCAGGUGUAGAUAGCGCUUUCCUGCCUCUGUAUCUAUUCCGGCUGCAUUGGCAUCUCCGCUCCGACACCUCCCGACCAGUGAGACAUUUCACGUUGAAAAGCCAUCCAGGAGAAGGCAGAGCGGUAGCGGGCGAGGAGCCGCCCCGGAGCCUGCGGUGCCGCCGGCGAGCGUCGCACCCUCGGCCGCACCGGGACCGGCCACGCGCGGCGGUUACUGUGAUUCUCAUGGCUUCUCAAUGACUUGGGUUCUCUUCUGUACAAAGGGAUACACUUUUUUGGUUUGUUUUUUUUUUUAAAGAAGUUGUUGGUAUUUUUCCUUUGUCCAGACUAACGCCAUCCAUUCCCUGUUCUCCAUCAGCUCCUGUCUGUAAUUCUGACCGUAAAAGAAGAGAAAACAAACCCCACAGCACUUUGUUCCUGGUGGUGAAGAGCUUCGCCAGCCAAACCCGUUUGCAACCAGCCACAAAGUGCGGCGCGGUUUGCUCUGCGCCGGCAGCCCCGCUGCCGCAUGCAUGUGUCACCGCGCCCGGCGCCACCACUGCAUGUGCACCGCACACCGGCCCCGCGGCGCCGCAUCCACACUCUCGGUUCUCACCCAGACGGACUCACCUGUGGGUUUUUGUUCUGUUUUUAAUUUGACAGGGUCAGUUUGACUUCACCCUUAUUUUGUAUGGAUUUUUGGAGGAGAUUUCUCCUUCUCCAGAGUCAUGGAGGUGUGGCCAUUCGCCUCCCGCCCUUGACGUUGUGAUACACAUACCCCACAGAGAUCUAUGUUUCUUAUAUUAUAUUAUUAUUAAUUAUUAUUAUUAUUAUGUAAUAAAUUUAUAAGAAAGCUC